AUGGAAGAACAGGUAGCAAAUGCCAUUGAGAUCGCCUGGAACCCCCUCUCCGACCAAGCCCUGAAGGCGCAAGCUUUCGACUAUCUCAACCAACUCCGCUCCGAUCCCUCCGGGUGGCAGGUCUGCCUCAGCCUCUUCAUCAAAAAUCCCCCACAGCCCGAGAUCGUACGACAUACGAGCUUAGAAGUUGUCAACAGCGCCGCUCAAGCUGGCAUCAUCGACUUGGCCUCACUGGUCGUCGUCAAGGAUGGACUCCUAUCAUACUUGAGACAGGUGUACGGGCCUGAAGGCACCGCCGCCCCGGACGCACCCUACAUCCAGAACAAAAUUGCGCAGACCAUCACUUUCCUCUUUUCAGCACUCUACGCCAAUGGCUGGGAAUCCUGCUUCGACGAUCUUCUCAGCCUCACCUACAAGUCCUCUGCCAGCUCGGCUCGCGAUAACCCGCUCGGAAUUAUUUUUUACCUCCGUGUGGUGAACUCGAUCCACGAGGAGAUUGGCGAUGUGCUCGUCUCGCGCUCUCGAGGAGAACAGGAUAAGGCGAAUAGUUUGAAGGAUCUGAUUCGAGAGCGGGAUAUGCAGAAAAUUGCCAGCUCCUGGCAAGAGAUUCUGUCCGUGUGGCAGGAUGGCGAAGACGUGAUCGUUGAGAUGUGCCUCAAGGCCGUCGGAAGCUGGGUGAGCUGGAUCGACAUCAGCCUUGUUGUGAAUCAGACCAUGUUAGAUCUGCUGUUCCAGCUUCUCGGGCGAGCCAAGAAGCAGGAAUUGCGCGAUGGCGAACGCCGAGUGCGUGAUGCCGCCGUUGACGUUUUCACAGAGAUUAUCGGCAAGAAAAUGAAGCCGAGUGAUAAAAUUGAGAUGAUCGACUAUUUGAAACUCAACCUCAUCGUGACCGAGCUCUCCAACAGCCCACCACUGCACCAGAACAGAUCCACCUCCGAGUACGAUACCGACCUUGCGGAAACCGUGGCGAAGCUCGUCAACAUUACUGUUUUGGACAUUGUUCGAGUAUUAGAGUCCGAUGCCGGUCCCGUCAAGGAAAAGGCAGACAACCUUCUGCAGGAAUUUGUGCCCCACAUGCUUCGCUACUUCUCAGAUGAAUAUGACGAAGUUUGCUCGACUGUCAUUCCCUGCGUUAACGAUAUGCUCACCUACAUCCGCAAGCUUAACAAGUCCAACCCAUCUUACGAGGCUAGAAAUGCCGAGCUCCUCCGUGGCUUUUUGACAGCCAUCAUUGCAAAGACCCGCUACGACGAGACCUCGGACUGGGGCAGCGAAGAUGACCAAACAGACGAAGCGGAAUUCCAAGAGCUGCGCAAGAGGUUGGGUGUGCUGCAGCAUAUUAUCGCAACGGCGCACGAGGAGCUAUAUAUCACCGUCAUUGCGCAGUCUGUGGAAAACACAUUUGCCAGCCUGCGUGCUACUCAAGGCCAGAUCGAUUGGCGUGAUCUGGAACUUGCCCUCCACGAGAUGUUCGCAUUCGGUGAUCUGGCCGUCAAGGGCGGUGGUAUCUAUCAGAAGAAUGCGCCCACUGGGCCAGCUGCGCUCAAGCUAAUCGACAUGGUGCUUCGCAUGGUUGAGUGUGAUAUCCAAUUCUUUACACACCCUGCCACCCAGCUCCAGUACAUGGAAAUCUGCGUUCGCUACAGUUCUGUUCUCCAGCAUCAUCAGCAUCUCAUCCCUGUUGUCCUCGAAGCCUUCCUUAAACUCGUGCACCAUCCCAACCGUAAGGUGAAGACGCGUUCUUGGUACCUUUUCCACCGACUUGUGAAGCAGCUACGGACUUUUAUCGGCAACGUGGCACAGACAGUUGUCGAGGCUUUGCUCAAGCUGUUGGUCAUCAAAGCGGAAAUUCCCUCGGAGAACGACGAGGGCGAUGAGAUGUCAUCCGAAGACCACGAAAGCUCCGCCGACGCGGUAUUCAACAGCCAACUAUACCUUUUCGAGGCAGUUGGUGUCAUCUGCUCAACCCAAGGCGUCCCUGCAGACAAGCAGGUCCUCUAUGCGCAGGCCGUGCUUCAGCCAAUUUUCACCGACAUGGAGCAAACCAUUGCGAUCGCCAAGAACAAUGACGAGCGCGCACUUCUCCAGAUCCAUCACGACAUCAUGGCCCUGGGUACUCUCGCCCGUGGCUUCUCCGACUGGACCCCCGGUUCUCACACACCCACCCAAAUGCCCGCCCCCGAGGUCUCAGAGGCUUUCUCCCAAGUAGCCGAAGCAACAUUGGUCGCUCUGGAAUCUCUCAAGGCCUCAUUUAACGUCCGGACUGCCGCUCGCUUCGCAUUUUCACGUUUCAUUGGCGUCCAAGGCGCGCGCAUUCUGCCCCAGUUGCCCCGGUGGAUUGAUGGUCUCAUGACUGCGACCUCAUCACGCGAUGAAAUGGCCCUGUUCCUGCGUCUGCUGGACCAGGUGAUUUUCGGAUUCAAGGGUGAAAUCUAUAGCAUUCUGGAUACUCUCCUCACUCCAUUCUUGCAGCGCGUUUUCUCGGGAAUUGCGGAUCCCACAACGGGUACCGACGAUGAGAUCCAACUUGCAGAACUGAAGCGGGAGUAUCUCAAUUUCCUGCUCGCGGUUCUGAACAACGAUCUAGGCGCUGUCAUCAUCAGCGAGAGAAACCAAACCCUCUUCGAAACCGUCAUCACCACCCUCGAACAUUUCGCCAAGGACAUCGAUGACUACACCACUGCCAAAAUGGCAUUCUCUGUGCUCUGCAAGAUGGGUCUCUCAUGGGGUGGACCCGAUAUCACCGCUGCCAACGGCAACGGCUCGUCGACUCAGACUGCUCUUCCCGGCUUUGGAAAUUACAUGAUCUCCCGAUUCUCGCCUUUGUGCUGGGCGCUUCCCGCGAAUCCAUCUUUCAAUUCGAAAGAUGCUCAGGCUAAGCAGGUCCUCGCUGAGGCGGGUAGUUUGCAGCGAACCAUUUACUCCAAGACGGGCGGGGAAUAUACCGAUUAUCUGCGGAACAAUGAGUUGCCUGGUAUGGGUAUGGGUGGUGAUCUUAUUGAAGAGUUCUUGACGGCUUUGAGCCAGUUAGACGUUAAGGGAUUCAGGCAGUUCUUCCCGUCUUUCAUCCAACGUCUCAGCGCAUAG